AUGGAGAACUACGAGAAGGUUCGAGUCGUCGGAAGAGGCGCGUUCGGCGUCUGUUGGCUUUGUCGCGGCAAAAAUGAGGCGUCACAGCAAAAAGUGAGUUUAUCGAAAGUGAGCAAAACGGUUUCGACCACGGCAGGAUUCGAACCUGCAAUCUUCUGCUCCGUAGGCAGACGCGUUAUCCAUUGCGCCACGCGGCCCGUGAUCGCCGCCUGAGUCGAGGGCGUACAUAUUAGUGGCAAACCCACUUGAUUUCAGGUCAUUCUCAAGCUCAUCAACACGCACGGAAUGUCCGAAAAAGAGGACAAGUACAUUCAGAGCGAGGUGAAUUUGCUGAAAAAAGUGCAGCACCCGCUGAUCAUCGGCUACAUUGACUACUUUUCGGUCGACAAUCAACUCGCAAUCGGUAUUAUUGCGAAUUUUGACAUUUUCGAACGUUUUGUUUCAGUGAUGCAAUACGCGGAAGGCGGAACGAUGGAACGGAUGAUAAACGAGCAGAGGCCGGACAAGUUCCCUGAGAAACAAGUUUUGGAGUACUUUACACAGGUUUCAUUACAAAUAAUCAUAGAAGAAUGGGAAUUCUCAGAUCCUGAUCGCUCUGGAUCACAUGCACGCCAAACAGAUUGUGCACCGGGACCUGAAGCCGCAAAACAUUCUGAUGAACCGACGGAAGACCAUUCUGAAACUGUCCGACUUUGGAAUUUCCAAAGAACUCGGCACCAAGUCGGCCGCCUCGACCGUCAUCGGAACGCCCAACUAUUUGAGCCCCGAGAUUUGCGAAAGUAAUCCUUUUUGCCAGCGUUUCUAUCUGCAAAAUGUUUCUUAAGGCCGUCCGUACAACCAGAAAAGUGACAUGUGGUCGUUGGGUUGUGUUCUUUACGAGCUUUUGGAGCUGCGCAGAGCGUUCGACGGAGAAAAUUUGCCGGCAAUUGUGAUGAAAAUCACAAGGGUAAGCGUUUUCGUCAAAAAUUUCAGUUUUUCAUUCCUCAAAAGUUGAAAAAACCGCUAGGUCCCACCGAGAUUUGAACUCGGGUCGCAGGAUUCAGAGUCCUGAGUGCUAACCGCUACACCAUGGAACCGACGAUUGAAACUGGAGGCUGAGGGGGUAGACGGGAGGGCGGUCGUAGCCGACGCAGCGGGCGCAAACAGAAAGUGAAAAGCAGACUUGCUAGCACUAAAUUUUCAAAAAAUGAUUUUUGGGUCAAAUUUCUCUCAAAAAUCGUGCCUUUUUGUAUUUCCAAGUUGGCAAAAUACGCUUACCAGCCUUACUUACCAGCCUUGACGCUUACGCCGGAAAAAGCAGUUUUCCGAGUGAAAAACCCGAAAAAUGUGUCUUUUUUCGAAAAGUUUCUAAAAAACAGGGGACGACCGGAGAAAUGGGCGAGCACGUGUCGGCGGAGGUGAAGCAAUUGGUGCACAAGUUGCUGAAAACCAAUGAGAAUAAACGGCCCGAUGUGACAGGUACUCGUGUUUAGAAAGAACGAUAAUAUUCGGAUGGCUUCAGACUUGCUCGUCGACCCGAUAGUUCUUCCAUAUCUUAUUUCGAUUCAUUGUGAUCUGGGAAGGCUGGAGGCGCUUCCAAGUGAUAAGGUUCGAUUGAUUUGAUGUACAUCAUCAUGCCACACUUUGGACCGAUUAGGUUACGGGCUCUUUGGCUCGCGGAGCCCAAGUGCUCCAAAACUUGUUAACCGAGGCUAACUUAACUUCCAAGUAGGGCAUGUUGUGUACCGUUCGAAGAGUCUUAUCUCGAAAAUGUGAUCCGUUUUUGCAGAGGAAGCCUUCCUCCUCGUUGAGCAGCCGACUUCGCACCAAUCCGACGCUCUCGACGCUCCGCGCCUGCUCCACGCCUUCCAGUCUCUCCACGACGGCCACUCCCUCAAUACUUCCGACGUCUUCGAUGCAAAUCACUCGGUCGAGUUUCGCAACCGGAAGAAUGGCAACCGGCGGUCAGCCGAAUCGGAUUCCCGUCCGGGCACAGUACGACAAAACUUAUUAG